AUGCCUCCGAAAGUGACUUCUAGUGUUUGGAAGUAUUUCACUAAAACUGAGGAUGGUAAAAGUGUUGUGUGUAACUUGUGUAGUGUGAAACUUGUGUAUGGUGGUGGGACUUCAAAUCUAAGGAAUCACAUGAAGAAGCAUCCUGUGUGCAGUCCGCCAUCAACUCCGUCUAAGACCACCCUGAAGCAGACGACACUUGACGUCACCGUUUCCACCCCUCCGAUGAUACAGGCUGCCACGACGGAGAGGGUUACCCGAGCGGUGACGGACUGGGUCGUACGUGACUGCCUUCCACUCAGCGUCGUCGACGGCCAGGGGUUCCGUGAUAUGAUGGCCUUGGCGGCACCGUCUUAUACAGUACCUACCCGGCCAACAGUUCGUGCGAGGGUUGAGAAGAGGUACGCAGACGAACGCUCCAACCUCAUCUCCCGGCUCGAGCAGGCGACGUCUGUCUCCCUCACGACAGACACGUGGACGUCCAAUUCUACCGAGAGUUUUAUCACCGUGGAAUGCUGCGUCCAUGACAACGCCCGCAACAUACAGAAGGCCGGCACACUCUGUCCAGAGUGGGGAGACCACUCCUGCUUCGCCCACACCCUCCAGCUCUGCAUCAAGCCAUUCCUCGAACUUCCUUCUGUCUCCAAGGUCCUGAGCAAGUGUCGAAAGCUGGUAGGGCAUUUCAAGCACUCAACAACACUCAACGCUGAGCUACACCGUCGCCAGGAGCGGAUGCAGAAGGAGGGCGAGAAGCAACCGACACUGGCCCUCAUCCAGGACGUCCCCACGAGGUGGAAACGCAGCUGA